AUGGUGACCUUUCCAGACGUGGCUGUGAGCUUCUCCCCAGAUGAGUGGCCAUGCCUGGAUGCCUCUCAGAGGAAUCUCUACAGAGAUGUGAUGCUGGAGACCUACGACCACCUGCAGGCUAUAAGCCAUUGUGGUGAGAAGCCUGCGCUGAUCUCUUGGUUGGAAGGAGGAGCCCUGGGUAGGCAGCAGAGAGGAGUGUUUGCCGCAGAAGCAAAGCCAGAAAUCCAUCCAUGUCCCUUCUGCUCUCUGGCCUUCUCCAUUCCGAACUUCCUCAGUCGUCACAUGAAACUUAGCCAUCCCUCUGGGAUCUUUACAGGAACAUCUGCAAGAAAGCAUCCUCAAUCAGAGAAUUAUUGUCCACGUGAUCAGAACCAAAGUCAGCAACAUUCUGAUCCAUGUAAUGACAAAGUUGAUGAAUCAAGGAAUGACAUAUAUGAAAAUCAAAAGCACAAAGAAAGCUCCAUACCUUUGGCUAAGAAGAUAAGGCAUAAAAGAAUUUUAGCAACUAUAUCUAGACUAUAUCACAGUAAAAGAGGGAGCUCUAAUAAACAUGAGAUGGCAAUAAAGGAAGAAACUCCCACAGGCCAGAAAACAAAUCCAAAGGACACAGGUAAAGUAGUUGCAGGGAUAAGAAUGUCAAGAAUUUUAAUAGGCAAGUAUGUAAGGCCUGGAUCAAAUCUUAUCACCCAUCAGAGUACUCAUACAAAGGAGAUCAAUAUUGGCAGGGAACCUGGGCAAGGCGUCAGUGAGAGGUUAAAACUCAUUAGCCAUGAGAAGGGACACACCGGGAAGAAUAUCUAUGUUUGCACUGAGUGUGGGCAAGCCUUCAGUAUGAGUUCAAAUCUCAUCAGACACCAGAGUAUACACACAGGGCAGAAGCCCUGUGUUUGCGGAGAUUGUGGACGAGGCUUCAGUAUAAGGUCAUCUUUGAUCAGACACCAGAGAACUCACUCCGGGGAGAAGCCCCAUAUUUGCAGGGAAUGCGGGCGAGGCUUCAGUCGGGUGUCAAUUCUCAUCACACACCAGAGGACACACACAGGGGAAAAGCCCUAUGUUUGCAGUGAAUGUGGGCGAGGCUUCAGUGUGAGGUCACAUCUCAUCACACACCAGAGGACACACACAGGGGAAAAGCCCUAUGUUUGCAGUGAAUGUGGGCGAGGCUUCAGUGUGAGGUCACAUCUCAUCACACAUCAGAGGACACACACAGGGGAAAAGCCCCAUGUUUGCAGGGAGUGUGGGCGAGGCUUUAGACAGAGGACACAUCUCACCAUACACCAGAGGACACACACAGGAGAGAAGCCCCAUGUUUGCAGGGAAUGUGGGCGAGGCUUCAGUCGGGUGUCAACUCUCAUCAGACACCAGAGGACACACACAGGGGAAAAGCCCCAUGUUUGCAGGGAAUGUGGCCGAGGCUUCAUUGAGAAGUCAAGUCUCCAAAAACACCAGAGAAGACACACAGGGGAGAAGCCCUAUGUUUGCAAGGAGUGUGGGCGAGCCUUCAGUCUAAGGGCAAGUCUCCUCAAGCACCAGAGGACACACAGGGGAGAAGCUCUAUGUUUGCAGUGAGUGUGGGCGAGGCUUCAGUCAGCUGUCAGGUCUCAUGAAACACCAGAGGUCACACACACACAUGGGAGAAGCCCUAUAUUUCCCGGGAGUGUGGAUAAGGCUUCGGUCGACUGUCAGGUCUUAUCUCGCACAAGAGGGCACACAGAAAAUGGCUUUACAUUGAGUUCAGGUCUCAAGACACACCAGAGGAUAUACACAGGGGAAAGCCCUAUGUUUUCAGUGAGUGUGGGCGAGGUUUCAAUCAAUUGUCAGGUCUCAUGAAACACCAGAGGACACACACAAGGGAAAAGCUCCACAUUUGAACCAGUGGUGACUAAUGAAUGGUAAUCAACAGCUUCCACAGAGAGCAUAUGCAACCACCCCCACACUCCAUAGCAUAGCUGAGAAUUUGGUCAGUCAUGAAAGUGU